CCCAUGAGGCUUUUCGGGAAUAUUGUACAUGAUGUUUUGCAACGACUUCGCAGGAAUUGUAGCUUUACUAUCAUUUCAAGAGAGGUACUGGCAUGCUUAGUGGAUGAUCAUCUCUAAAGUUGUCCAAAAUGUCAGCUAAAAAAGUUGCUAUUUCUAUAAAUGUUGUGUAUAACAAUGACAUUUAUAGUCAAGAGAGUCUUAUCUACUCAGGAGAAACAACCUUGCUUCCAUUAAUUCUACCCCCAGCCUGGACAUUAACUGGGACAUCUAUUCCAUUUUGUGUCACAGUAGAGUCAUUGAGUGAUCAUGUUUUGGGAUACAAAGAAAGGCUUCAAAACAUAACAGCAAUGAAUGUUUACUGUAGGAAGAGUACUGAUGAGUUGCGCUUAGAAGACUAUGAAUACCUUGAGAAGUCUGGGAAAUUAUCAGAAAGAAAAACAAGAACAAAAAUAGGAGUCCUACUUAACGACACAUAUUGUCCCAUGUACAGUUACGCUACGUUUGAUACCCAAAGAAGAGCAGUCAAAUCCUCCACAUCUGGUCCUUUCAAUCAAGAGAAACAGAAGGCAGCAAAUAUUUGGUCUAAAUCAUCCAGUGCGGUGGUUUUUGCAAGCCAAAUAUUUAAAUUCAGUGCGGCAAAUACUCAACUGUUUUUAACUUUCUUUUCAGUGGCCACAGAUCCUGGCACAGUUCGCACUCAAGCGCAACCAUCACACAAGUUUUCCUUUUCUCCGAUAAUAAAUUUUACGGCGCAAACUUCUGCAGACCCUAGCAAAGUUUUUCUCCCCCCAGCUGACGAGGUAGAGCCAGCGCCAACCGUGACUGUUUCAGAAGGGAAGGAACUUAUGGACUCCAUCCUUGAGAGCAUUAUCAAAUGCAUGCAAAUCCAGAAUUCUCUCUACAGACUUGUGUUGCUGAAACUGGAAAAGCGAGCUGCUGAACCUAAAGAUGAAAAUGAUGUUCUCCCGGGGCCCAAGGCGAGUGACGAGAAAAGCGCUGGAAAGAAUCAGGAUUGUGAUCUAGGAACUCUCCUGUGUGAGCUCAAAAGCCCCUUAGAGGCCUUAAUGCGCUCUGCAGAAAUUCAAAGAGGACUUUUUCAAAGAAUGGUCGCCGUGAACUCGAUGAUGACUGACGAAUCUGCUGACCCGCCUAACGAUGGUGCAUCUUCUAGAGAGGGUCAAGGUGAAGUAGUACAACACUACAUGAAAAAAUUUUAAACAAUGUACAUUCUCAACAAUUUGCUUUCGUGUCCUUGUUAUUUUACAGAAUCCCGUCAAGUUAACAUACUGACAGUUCGUUCCGACCUCGAAGAGAUCGCUUUUAAAACCAAAAUGCCGUGUUACUAUGCAAGAAACCCUUACACCAACCAAGAAGUUAAGGCAAUAACUAGCGACGAUGUCCUACAUCAUGUAUGUCAGGAUGAGCGGCCCUUAAGCUCUCGAGCCGUCAGGGUUGGGACGAGUGGUCAGCGGGAACUUCCUCAUGGAUUUGGAACCCUAAAAACCGUGACAGGGAAGCUUUUAUACAAUGGAGACUGGUGCAGAGGCAAGCGACAUGGCAAAGGUGAAGGACUUAUUCUAUCAGUGCCGUUAGUGGGUAGCAGCCCAGGCACUAUCGAAAAUGGAUUCUACAGUGGAGGAUGGAAAAACAACAUGAGGCAUGGCAAGGGGAAAAUGACGUUUGUGUCCGGGGUCGUAUACGAGGGUCAGUGGCAGUAUGAUGAAAUGACUGGAUAUGGGACCCUGAAGUGUCCGGAUGGAACCAUUCAAGAAGGGAAUUGGAAGGACGGGUCGUUGGACGGCUGUGUUCUCUUCACCUGGCCACAUGGUGUCACAGAGUACCGCGAGUAUAAACAAGGUCAAGGUCAGCUGCCUUGCUCUAAAAUUGACAAAGAAACUGCUGUAAAGCUUACGCAGAUGAGUCCCAUUAGAUCCCAGCUCCUAGCACUGCGUGAAUGCGCGGCUGAGUUGAAGGACGAGAACCUGGCUCUCAAAGACGAACUGAACACAUUGAGAGUAGGACAGGCUGAGUUAGACAAAAAGCAUGAAGCGGCUCUUUUGGAACUUCGCCAGUACUUUGAUGAUCAACGCGAGCUUGACUCUGAAAAACUGCGAAAAGAGUUCGAACAGAGGGUGAAAGAUGCAGAAGAGAGCAAAUCGAAAAGCUCCGAAAGAAUACGAGAAUUAGAAAAGGAGCUGGAAGAAGCCAAAGGAGGGCGGCUGUGCCAGAUUUGUUUUGAAAACCCACGUGACUGUAUCAUUAUGCCCUGCACUCAUUUGCUGUACUGUAGGACAUGUGUGGCAGAGCAUAAAAGGAAAGGUGACUCCCGCUGCCCUACUUGCCGUGGGCCUAUCUCCGGAGAAAUGUUGUGUAACGUGAAUCACUAAUCAGGGAAAGUCUUAACGUUUUAAAAGUGGACUCAAGUGUUAGUCGUUAAUGCUCCUAAAUGAAAGAAAAAUUCACUAGUCACGUAAAUUUCUGGAAACGAAUCACGCCUCGCGCUGAUUCGUAAGUUCACGGAACACGUUGCCUCGCUUUCUGGAAAAUUCACGCAUCACAUAAAUUUUGGCCUUAAUCCUUCAACUCCCAAGAUCUUGUUAGAAAUUCUCUUAACUGUCUGCUAUGCAAUUCAUAUGAUGUUAUCUCGGAGAAGUUGGUAUUGCAUUAACUAAUAAUCCCUUAUUGAUGUUUUCUUUAUUUUCAUCACUUGUCUGCUUGAUAUUAUGAUGAUAAUGUAGAGAGAAAUUCUGUCUUGGUCACUCAUGGGAGUUAAACGGUUAAUUACAAUCACGUAAAAAACCCUUUGACACCCACCUCUCUGGAAAAACCACACUCUUUAUUCUAUAAGAGCGCGUACAAUUUGGCUGAGUCCAGAUGUUCGAACCUACUUUUCAACAGCAACUGAAAUGUAAUCACCGCUUGGCCAUGGAAGGUCUGGGUACGAGACUAAAUUAAUCUUCGUAAUUUAUGCGACGUUGCAUUACGGAAUAGAUCUUUUAGUUUGGAAAUAAAGAUUUUGUGACAACUUUGGUUCUAA